AUGACUCGGGGAGACGAUCGACAGGAAAUGGGGGACUCGGAGGCGGACCUCGCCGCGGGAGACGAGGAGGGGCUCGAGUCUGCGAGCGAGGACGAGGAGUCCGGGCGCCAGCAUGGCCGGAGGGACAGACCUUCGACGUCGAUGGACAACGGCGGGGGCAGCGGCAACCCCGGACGGUCGCCGGGCCCGCCCGGCCGAGACCCUGACAUGGAUCCUUUUUCACCGGGUCACACGGGCGUGAAACGGCCCGCGUCCCCCGACGAACAGGGCCCGGUCAGCGGGUACGAGGAGCUGGGCGGGACGCUGCUGACCAUCGACGACCGGAUUGUGCGCAUCGACGAUCCCGAGCACCCGCCGUCGCUGUACUCGAUGAUGCGGUCCUGGCUGCACAACGACCCCGACGGACAGGUCAGGCCGCUCCCUGGCACACGACACCUCCCCAGACUACCCCCCUCGAAACUUCCAGCACCCCGGCCGGCGGCACCGCCGCUGCCGCACCCGCUGGAGAGCAAGAAGCCCACCGAGGCGGCCAUCGACGCCGCGAUACAGAAACGGGGCGACGGAGAGGCAGCACCGCAGCAGCCCACCGCGGAGGCUCUUUUGAAGGAGCACGCCAAGCGGUGGCGGGAGGAGCGCGCGUGGCUGCUUCGAAAGCGCAUUGCGCACCAGGACAGGUACGGCGAACGCAUGGCCGCGCUCGUGCCCGCGGACGCCGACGGCGCGGACGUCAGCUGA